UCCUAUCUUGCUGCAAUGGAACUGAUGUCUAGAGGGCACCAAUUCAUUGCCAAUUACAAAUGUGGCAUUGAGAAUCUCCCAGCAGCGGUGAUUGCGGGACCAAAUACUGACUAUUGUCUUCACAUGGCAACAAUCCUGUAUAUGUACAAGAUGUCACAACUCAUCUUUGGAUCAUCUCCUGGGGUGAAUAAUGAAGUACAAGGCCAUUUCUUCCACCGCAUGUUCCCAAACAUUGGUUAUCAGUAUGAAGGGCUUGUCAAGUUACUCUUGCAUUUCAACUGGAUAUGGAUUGGAGUAGUUUCUAUGGAUGAUGAUACUGGAGAGGGAUUUGUACGAAAUGUUCUUCCCACAUUUGCUCAGAAAGGAAUUUGCUUUCAAUUUGUAGCAAGGUUGCCCCAAAUUACCUUUCCUGGGGGAAGUGGUAAAUUACUAGAUGGAUAUAAGGAAAUCAUCCUGUUUCUUAUUAGAUGUACUGCCAGUGUGGCGGUUGUGCAUGGUGAAAUUCAUACUAUUAUGGCAAUAAUAUUCGUAGGAAAUACUGUAGAAUUGUUUGGUACACUCCUGCAAAGGAGGCCAAAAGUGUGGGUUAUGACAGCUCAGAUGGAGUUUGCAUCACUUUCUCAUCAUAGAGACAUGAGUGUACAUUUCUUUCAUGGGGCUCUAUCCUUUGCAGUUCAUUCAGAAGAACCUUUAGGAUUCAAACAGUUUCUACAGACACGAAACCCUUACUUAGAAAAAGAAGACAAGUUUCUGUGGGGUUUCUGGGAAGAGGCAUUUAAUUGCUCUUUGUCUGAUUGCUUGUUGGGCGAGGAAGAUGACGAAGAUAUGACACCUUGCACUUGGAAGGAGAAGCUAGAGACCCUUUCUGUGUCUGUUUUUGAAACGAGCAUGACCAGCCAUAGCUACAGUGUUUACAAUGCUGUCUAUGCAGUUGCACAUGCUUUGCAGGCCAUGUAUUCAUCCAAAUUCAAGAGCAAUCCAGUGCUGAAUGGUGGAAGAGAGGAACUUUGGAAUAUACAUCCAUGGCAGAUCCACCAGUUUCUGAGAAGAGUUGCAUUUAACAAUAAUGCUGGGGAAGAGAUUUCCUUCAAUCAAAAUGGGGAAUUAUUAACACAUUUUGAUAUUUUGAACUGGGUCACAUUCCCAAAUGAGUCUUUUGUUAGAAUAAAAGUUGGCACAAUGGAACCUCAAGGUCCUGCAGACAAGAUGUUCACCAUUCAGGAGGAUGCCAUUGUGUGGCCCAGCAUCUUCGACCAGAUGCCACCUCUCUCUAGAUGUAAUGAAAAAUGCCUGUUGGGCUUUAGUAAAAGAAUGAUGGAAGGAGAACAAUUUUGUUGUUAUAAUUGCCUUUCGUGUCCAGAAGGCAAGAUUUCAAACCAGACAGACAUGGAUGCAUGCUUUGAAUGCCCUGGAUAUCAAUAUCCAAAUGAUUACAUGGAUGAAUGUCUCCCUAAAGAAAUCACCUUCUUGUCUUUUGGAGAGCCCCUGGGGAUCAUUUUAACUGUGUUUGCUCUCAAAUUUUCUCUCAUCACAAUCUUCAUUCUGGGCAUCUUCAUGAUGUACAGGGACACUCCCAUUGUCAAAGCGAACAAUAAGAACCUCACCUACAUUCUUCUGACUUCCCUCCUGCUUUCCUUCCCUUGUGCUCUGCUAUUCAUUGGCCGACCUGGGAAGGUGACAUGCCUCCUUCAACAAACUGCUUUUGGCAUGAUUUUCUCAGUGGCACUUUCUUCCAUUUUGGCCAAAACCAUCACGGUCAUUCUGGCUUUCAUUGCCACCAAGCCAGGAUCCAGGAUAAGGCGAUGGAUGGGGAAGCGAUUCACAUAUUCCAUUGUUCUUUUGUGCUCGUUUUCUCAAGCUGUGAUUUGUAGCAUCUGGCUGAUCAUCUCUCCUCCAUUCCCAGACCUUGACAUGUACUCAGUGACUCAAACAAUUGUACUGAAAUGCAAUGAAGGCUCAGGUGGUAUGCUUUAUUCUCUUCUAUGUUUCAUGGGUUUCCUCGCUCUUGUCAGCCUCACUUUGGCUUUCUUAGCCCGGAAGUUGCCUGACAGUUUUAAUGAGGCUAAAUUUAUCACCUUCAGCAUGUUGGUCUUUUGCAGUGUUUGGAUGUGCUUCAUUCCGACAUACCUGAGCACGAAGGGCAAAUACAUGGUGGCUGUGGAGAUUUUCUCAAUUUUGACUUCCAGUGUCGGUUUAUUGGGCUGUAUCUUUUCACCAAAAUGCUACAUUAUUUUAGUGAAGCCUGAGCUGAACACAAAGGAACAACUAACAAAAAGAAGGAAUUAA